CUUGAUGACACUAAACCACUCUCAAGUGAAUUGGUGGAACUUCAUGUUUUUUAUGUUCCUGAAGGAUCGUGGAACUAUAAGUUAAAUACCAUUUCAAAAGAAGUUGUUAACAAAUUCAUUUCAGCUGGAUUUAUAAGAGUAUCUCCUCAACUUACUUUACAAGCCCUGAGGGUGCGUCUUGGUGAGUUCCUUGGUGAAGAUGCUGUUGCAGAAAAAUUUUUAUUUCUGAAAUGUAUAGGAAAUAAUCUAGCUGUGGUGAAGACAAAGCAAGAAUCUGAACUGCAACUUAAAUCAUUUGCUCCUCCUUAUGCUCUUCAACCAGAAUUAUAUUUACUUCCCAUAGUGGACCAUUUAGGAAAUACUUAUUCAGCUUCAUCAACAGUUACAUUUGACAACCAGCAGACUAGUAACGCUGAGACUGAUGGAACAGGCGACAGGCCAUUCAGUGAGAUUUUGUCAAAGGAAGAACCUGGAACAGAUGCCGGUUUGUUAGAAAAUACUUUGAGAGAAUUUCUUAACCAGAAUCAGGACGAAGCAAAGGGGAAAAUUACUCCAAAACAAAGCCAAACUGGAAAAAAGAAAAUUCAAAAUUCUGGAUUGCCAAGAUCAUUGGAAGAUUCAAAUACUGAUUCUUUUAGCAACGAGACCAGUCACUGUCCUUGUAAAAAUGAGGAAGAUGCAACUAGUAGCAAUUGGAGAGAAGAUACUCAGAUAGUUGAGAGAACAUGUGCCACUCUACCAGAUCUUAUUGAUUUUCCUUGUCAACCAGUUCUUUCUUCUGGAGUAACUGACACUGCUUCAUCAGAAACUGAGAGAGAGAAAAUUAUUGAACAAAUGAAACAAGUAAAGGAAGAAAGAAAAUAUCUAGAAACAGUUAGAGAAGAACUAAUUAAAAAAGUAGAUAAGCUCUUUGAACAAAGUACAUCAAAUAGCUAUCAGGCCUGUGAUGGUUGGAAGAAAAAAUACUUUGAAACAAAGAAAGUCACAGCAUCACUAGAGGAGAUUUUAACAAAACUUCGAGAAGAUUUGGAACUUUACUAUAAAAAAUUGCUCAUGCAACUUGAAGCCAGGGAGAUCAAGAUGAGACCAAAGAAUCUGGCAAAUAUUACAGCCUCCAAGAAUUCCCUUAUAAUCCAGAUCACUGAAGUACAGCACGCAAUUGAUCAACUUAAGAGAAAAUUGGAUACUGACAAAAUGAAACUCAUAAUAGAAGUUAAGAUGAGAAAGCAAGCUGUUUCUGAUUUACGCAUAUUGAAAGCUGAAUUGGCACAAAAGAAAAUAAUACAUCUUUACAAUGUCGAAUAG